GGUGCCCAGAUGAAGAUGGAGCUGGCCAGCCUGGCCCCGCUGCAGGUGCCGCGGGUGGCCCUGCCCCGGGAACGCCCCGGGGAGGGGCUGCCCACGCAGACCCUGUUCCGCAAGACCACCCAGCUCCUGGAGACCCUGUACCAGCUCAGCGCCAACGCCAAGGUGCUGGACAUGAGGCAGAACAAGUCCACCCGCAGUUCCUCGGCUCGCCUCCUGGAGCAGACAGCUCGGCUCUGCGCCCUCAAGAACACCAUCGACGCCCUGAAGGACGACACUCUGAGGGAGAUGGUGCAGCAGCAGCCGGGCGCCGGAGUCAGCACCACCUUCGGCACCUUCCCCUCCUCCUCCUUCCUCAAGGCCAAGCAGGAGCAGGCGCAGGGCCCGGCGCUGUGCGGGCGGGUGUCGUUCCCGUGCCCCCCGGGGCAGGGCCAGGCGCACCGGCUGCUGCUCACCCCGGACCUGCUGCAGCACCUCCGACAACACUUCGUCGCCUGAGGGUCCCCCGGAACGGGAUGAGGGUCCCCUGCGCUCCCCCCCGCCCCCCGGGGACCCCCCACUGCCCCCCCCGGCCCCACUCGCGGGUGGAGCCGGAGCCGCUUCCCCGGGGGGAUCCGGGACCCCCCCGCUGCUCUCAGACACUACAGACCCCGGGACACCCCCGGCCUGGGCCGUCCCGGGGGGGCCGGAGCCCCCCGCGCCCCCCUGUGCCCCCGGGCCGGGGCUGCGACCCCACCGCGCUCCUGCUCUCCAAUAAAAUGCCCUGAACCUGAA